CCAAGUGCUCUGUGCCGGGCUGGCAGGGUGCCCUUGCUGCUCCCUGUGUCCUUGUCCCACGUGCCCGUCCCGUCCCUCGCAGUGACCCCAGCUUCUCCCAGUAGCUGUUGGCCCUGGGGUGCAGAGAGAUGCCGAGGGGGUUCCUGAGGGGCUGCCAGCAUCCACUGCUCUGCUCUUGAAGACGUCCAACCCAGGUGGGAUGUGGCAGGGGGUCUCGGCCCCUGACCGCCCCGACAGGAGCCAUGUGGGCCAGUUUGGGGCACCCCACUACCCCCUGCUCCCAGACCCUGGGCCACUGGAGACAAGUUCCCCUACGUGCCCUAAGGACGACAAGAGCUUCAAGAGCGAGAAGGCACUGGAUGUCUAUGUGUGGAGCCGCACAGGUGAGUGUCCCUUCCACUGCACCCAGUGUGGGAAGAGCUUCGACCACAAGGAUGAACUACCGAGGCACCAGUGUGUGCACACCAGGGAGAAGCCCUUCGCCUGCAGCCACUGCAGAAAGAGCUUCAGGCAGAAGAGCCACCUGGUCAGCCAGCAGUGCCUCCGCAUCAAGGAGAAGCCCUUCACCUGCACUGACUGUGACAAGAGCUAUGACCACAGGAGGAACCUGCAGAGGCACCAGCGUAUGCACACCAGGGACAAGUCCUUCGCCUGCAGCCACUGUGGCAAGAGCUUCUGUGAGAAGAACAUACUCAUAAACCAUGAGCGCAUCCACACCGGGGAGCGUCCCUUCCACUGCACUGACUGCGGCAAGAGCUUCAAGACCAACGUCCUGCUGAGGCACCGGCGUGUGCACACCGGGGAGAAGCCCUUUGCCUGCAGCCACUGUGGCCAGUGCUUCACGCAGAAGAGCCACCUGGUGAGGCACCAGCGCAUCCACACAGGGGAACGUCCCUUCACCUGCACCCGCUGCCCCAAGGCCUUCAGGCAGAAAAAGACCCUCUCCAUCCAUGAGCGCAUCCACACCAGGGAGGAGCCCUACAAGUGCAGCGAGUGCGACAAGACCUGCAGGUGGAAGCAUCACCUGAAGAGACACCAGCAGGUGCACCGUGGCCCAGCAGCAGUGCCAGAGGGUGUCCAGCAGAAGAGGGAGGGUCCUUCCCCAGCAGGGGGGCAGGCAGAGGCCAAGCCCUUCCAGUGCGGUGUCUGCGAGAAGCGGUUUUGCAAGGAGAGGCUCAUGCUGGCUCACCAGCGCACCCACGGCACCCCCAGCCUGCAGCCGCCUCCGCAGCCCGGCACCCCCUGAAUCUGCUGCUGAGGGGCCUGUGGGGUGCUGCGGGGGUGGCUGUUGGAGCAUGUCCUAGUUUUGAUUGAAUACAGUUAAUUUUCCUCUUAGUAGCUGGUUUAUUGCUGUGUUUUGGACUGUGGAUGAGAAGAAUGUUUCUAAUACAUGGAUGUUUUGAGUUGUUGCUGAGCAGCCAAGGACUUUUCAUCUUCUGGUGCCCUGCCAGCUGGGAGGGGACACAGCUGGGACAAGUGCCCCAAAGUGGCCAAAGGGCUGUUCCUUACCAUCUGAUGUCAUGGUCAGUACAGAAACUGGGGGCAGUGGGCCUGGGGCACCACAGCUCAGGGACGCGCUGGGCAUCAGUCCACGUGCGGUGAGCAAUUGGGUUGUUUGUCCCUUGUUUUGUAUAUUCUUAUAAUUGCCAUUGUCUUUAUUCCUUUCCUCUUCUAUUAAACUGUCUUCAUCUCAA